CCAACUCAUUUGUUUAUUUAUGUUGUCGAUUAAAAAAAAAUGUGACUUUACGUGUGUAUGACUACAUCGUUGCUAUGCUAAAGCGACAUAUUUAAUUUCAGUACCUGAAAUGAUAUAAAAACCAAUCGAUCUUCCCUUUUGUCGACAAGAUUACCAGCCAAAUUCUGAGAGGCUCUCUGGAGUGAGAGACCAUGGGCCGACUGGAUGAAGCUGCCAAACACAAAGUGGUGGAGCUGCGGAAGGCUGGUCUCAGUUUCCGUAAGAUCAAAGCUGUGCUGGAGUUGGAGAACAUCAAGGUAUCUGCCCAGGCCAUCUAUCUGUUCCUGAGGGAGUUUCAAGGGAGGCCACCAGGGAGAGUCAGACCUAUAGAGGCCGGAAGCAGCACAUCAUCUGCACAAGUGCAGCCUCGAGCCGGGUCAAUGCAAGAGAGCUGGAGUAACGUUCAUCUCCAGAAUCUUCUGCGAGAGGCAUCUCAUCAUGCUGGCUUUACAUCAGCUGCAAAUUUUGCCAAACAGACUUCCGCAAAUCCAGACACUGGUGCAAAGCCAUGUGGGUCUGGGGAGACUAGCGGAGGCAGCAGGUCGGAACAACAACAAGAGGGAGAUAAGGAGGAAAAUGACAUCCAGAUUGUUAGUGUCACUUCGCUUGCACAGAACAGCCAACAGAGAGGUCCUCAGUCCACUGUAACAAGAGCAGAGGCUGGUGCUGUGACUUCCACACAAACAGCUUCUGGUGCAUUCAUGAGGAGGAGAACUACACCUUCUCCUGCCAUUAAUUCAAUGCUUGCAGCUCGAAAGAGGCUUUUGGACAAAGCGCUGUCACACAGGAUGAAGUCAUUCCACCAGGUGGCGUCAUUGUUAAGGAGAGAUCACUCAAGUGUCCAAGGUGAUGAUUUGAGAAGUGCGAUGCCACAACCACCUGAAACAUAUGAUCUGACAACUGAAAAGACUGUUAUGGAAGGUCAGUCUGGUGGAGGCAGUGCCCCCAGGCGUUUCCUCACACAGAGACCAGGUCUGUCGGUUCGUUCUCUUCACCCUCUCCCUCGGGUUGGCAUUCGUCUUCCCAACCGGUCUCCAGCACCUAUAACAUCCUCAGCUCCUGGGGUUGCUGUCAUCCGUCUGCAGACGCCUGGAGGCCAGGGGACCACUCGUAGCGAAGGGAACCUGAGCCCCCAGCAGGCAGCCCAGGACAACAGUGGGAGAGGGGGUCUACAGGAGCAGAUUCAGACCCUGGGCUCUGAGGUGCGCAGCUUGGGUCAGGCAGUGAAGAUGCUGGUGGAGCAACAGUGCUCCCUGGAGAGAGAGCAGGUGCAGCAGACACACAUUCAGAAGCAGAUACUGAGCACUCUACAGAGCCUUGCUGCUAAACUGGGACAUUGUAGCUUUGUCCAACAACAGCACAACAAAACUCCAUCACCUUCUGGUUUGCCAGCAGCAUCUGCAUCUACCUCCUUCAGCCAAGACACCUUCAACUUCAGUCAAGGCACGUACACUCAGUGCAGCCAAACCCAGCCAAGCUACAACUCUUUAGAGAGUUUAGAAAAUGUAGAGGCCUUUAAACUGCCAGGACUGAGCCCUUCAAGCAUGAAUGGCUUUCCACCAUGUAGCAAUUCUGAUAGCCUCCCACUUACUCACACUCCCCCUCAAACACAACAGUAUGUAGCUGCAUACACACAGCAAAACAGUCAAACACUCAUGCCACCCUACACACAGGCCUAUGUCCCUUCAUACAGCCAGCCACAUUCUCAGACUUUCCGAGGGUCAGAGAGCAAAACAUCUGAUUUCCCAAGCAGCUGUUCAGCAAGGACUCUCCAGGACUGCAGUGUGUCCACCCAGCCUGCGAUGAACUCGAAUCAUUCUUCACAGGAUCAGCAGCUCAAUAUUAUCAAAGUGGAAGGACCUUAGAGGCCUUUGGAUGCCACACAGUGUUUUGGGACCAUAAGGGCUUGGAUGUGCUUUUUUAGGGUCACAUUAGAAGUCUUAUUUAAGAUAAACUUUUUUUUUUUUACAAUGAACACACGUUGUACAUUUCCUAAAUGAAUUCAUUUAAUUUCCAAAGUACAUUGUAGGAGAAUACAAACAGCAAUAGAAUGCAAUGCUUUAGUAAUAAUGUGUGUAUGAUUUGUCUUUACCAAUAGGCAAUGAUUAUAAAAGUAGCAAAAAUGAUUAUGUGCUGGCACUUUGUCUUUUUUUUUGUCUAUCCUGUUGGU